GAGACCAGAAGAUGGAGAGGAAAGAUUAAGAGAGACCAGGAGGGGGAGAGAGAGGGGGGGAGAGAGAGAGAGAGAAAGAGGGAUGGGAAAUAUACAAGACGAGGGACUGGGGUGAGAGAGAGCGAUUGCGAGAGCGAUUGCGAGUGCGUUGCGGCGGCUUCGGUGGGCGUGGGGAGGGAAGCGAGGGCCCUGGUAGCUGGUGCCGCGCGGCUACGCAGCCACAAGCACUGUGGUACAGUAUGUGCAUGCAGAGAGGUGUCGGGGAAGGGGGCUCUGCAUGUAGGCUGGGGGUGUGAAGCCUCUCAUCUUCCAGACAAACGCUUUUCUAGUUCAGUAGGCUCCGUCUCCCAAGCAUCUGUGUGUGUCGUGUGUGUGUGUGUGUGUGUGUGUGAGUGUGUGUGUGUGUGUGUGUGUGUGUGUGUGUGUGUGUGUGUGUGUGUGUGUGUGUGUGUGUGUGUGUGUGUGUACGUGUGUGUGUGUGUGUGUGUGUGUGUGUGCGUGUGUGUGUGUGCGUGUGUGCGUGUGUGUGUGUGUGUGUGUAUGCGUGUAUGUGUGUUAUUUGUGUGUCUGCAUGAAUCGAUGCAUGCAUCCAUGUACAUGGUGGUGCAUAAUUGAAUGAGUGUGCAAUAGAGAAUAAGAUUGAAAUGAGAUUGUCAGGGAGACCACGAUUUUGAGGGUGGGGUAUAGAGUUAACCGUUUCUCAUGGAGGGGUGAGGUUCAGAGUGGUACAUAUGGAGCUGCAUCUGCUAGAUUCAGAUUCUGCUAGAUUCAGGGUGGGGAUGACUGUAUCUCUGCAUGUGCGCGUGUGUGAAUAACUUCAUGUUUGUAUUCUUGGGGGGGGGGUAAAUGUGCAAUGUGCUUGCUCAGUCUUCAGCUGACAAACCAACAGAACUGCGUGUGUGCGUGUGAGCGCGUGUGUGUGUGUGUGUGUGUGUGUGACUGUAUCUCUGCAUGUGCAUUUAUGUGUGUCACUGUAACUCUGCAUUUGUGUGUGUGUGUGUGAGCGUGUGCGUGUGACUGUAUCUCUGUAGGUGCGUGCGUGUGCGUGUGCAUGUGUGUGUGUGUGUGUGUGUGUGUGUGUGUGUGUGUUUGUCAGCGGGGAACACAGUGUGCAACAGGCCACUUCAAUAAAACAGCAGCACAGCUUUCUGAAUCCAUUCAGUGUCAACACAACACAAGUACUGCGGCCUUGCCCAUGUCCUACGAGCAUCCUUGAGCCUCGCUUCAAUUACCCAUCCGUAAAAAAGCACUCCGCAUCCAGAGUGGACCGCACCACGGUAGUAGACAUGUGGUAUUUAUAAUUCAUCCUUCAGUGGAUCCCUGCGCUCUUCCCGCCUAUAACUCUUAUGGCUGGUAUGUAAACAAUCCUUCUUCAGGAAAUAGGCCUGGGUUCUCAAGGCAGCAAUCUCCUCGUCGAUAUUGAAGCUGCUGUUUUCCCCUUCCAAUGGAAACACUACAGGCCGUCGACGUCUGGGGACCCACGAGACAAAAACAACAGGCCAGUGUAGACCAUCAUAGGUACACACCCGGGCGCGCACAGAUGCGGCACACACACACGUGCACACAUCCGACACAGACACACACACACACACACACACACACACACACACACACACACACACACACACACACACACACACACACACACAUAUAUACACACACUGACAUCACUCACACACAAACAAACACACACACAGAAGAAAACAUUGUGCGCAUGUUUUCGCUGUCUCCUGAUUGCCUCUCAGGUGCAUAGAGGAGGCUGUUAUCAGUGAGUGAAAUCACCCACCGCGACAUUCACAGAGCUGGUGCUAAGGCGGCUGUCAGCGGCGGGUAUUAUUCAGAUAAGAGUUUAACUUUGAUGUAGGAGCUGGGGCGGCCCCGACCACAGCCCCAGCCACCAGCAUAUACCCCCAGCAUCACAUACACGCACAGCAGAGCGUUAAGGAUCCAGGAGAGGGAUGGUGUUUGUGAGCAGCUACUGGCUCAGGUAGCCAGCGGCCCGCAGUGAAGAAAGAAAAAAAAAAAGUCAGAAACAAUCUGGAUAUUUUGUUCAACAACAUCAAUAGGCCCCAAAGCAAACAGCGCACCAGGAAGCUUUAAAUCAUGAUCCUUGCUUUUUCACCACACGAGAGCUUCUAAUGUAAAGAAGGUGUUUUCGACCGUGGAUGUGAUUAUGUCGGCUGGGGAGAAGAAAAACAGGGGAACUUUUCCAGAUGUCCAGGAAUAACAUAAUAACAGCGGGGCAAACAGUCACAUCCGAGGGGGUUCGGUGGAAAGGUUAUUACGGGAUUAUGAAGACGCACCAAGGCUUUUCUCUUAGGCACUGGGGCUUGUAAGUGACAGCUGGUUUUUAGUCUGAAACACACAGAAACACAGGACAGACGCACGCACACACAGACAUCAAGAGACACGUUCAAUAGUUCUUGGAUCUAUUUUAUGCAUCACCUAGAUUUCCGGGUGUUGGUACCCAUGCAUCAUUGUGAGAGAAUACAGGGUAGGGAAUAAUACACAAACACAAACCCAGACGAAUCUCAUAUUGUGUCAAUGCAUCCCGUUGAGGGACUCUUGAAGAUCAAGUCGAAAACUAUAAAAUGUUCAAACUGUUGAACUCGUGGCUCUGCCUAGGCAUUCAGAACGCGUACGUCUGUUUGGCAUUAGAGCCAUAAUCCUCGCUGUACAGUGGUCGAGAUUUAUACACCAACCAGGCUUCUUUGUGGACAGCUUUGCCGACAUCUGUAGAAUAUCCCAUCUACCUACCAGCUUCAAUGGCGCACCACAAUGGCUGGGGAAAGGGUAGGAGUUCGAGAGGAGAUUAAAGAGAAAUCCUAACUCAUCUGCAAGGGAUAUAAGGUUAACCUUUGGGGCGUGCGGUCCUCCUCAGAGAGCUCAGCCCUUUGAUUACUUUGGCACAUGGGACUGGCUGGACCGACUGUCGUAAUGCAAUUCAGAAUGCUUCAAAUGAAUAAAUCUUCUCACUUGAGACAUCCCCUUGAGAGCAUGUGUGGUGAAAAAACCCAAAAAGGAAAGGGUAAACGUCAGGCCACAGGGAACUUAAUGAGACAGAGAGGGCAGCAAAAAAGGAAUACAUUUGCAUACACCGAACCCACAGAAACCCCAAAACUGUUCCAGCUAGCGGUCUAGAAAUGUGUAGAAAUGGUAUGGCAAGUUUGCUGUGGUGAACCUUUCCUUCAGAUCAAUUUCAGGUUUUCCCUACAUUUCGAUACACUAACAAGCUGCCCAGUGGCACUUUAACCAGGCUUUGAACUUUGAGGGAACAACCGGUGUUGUCAGGACAAAGGGUGUGGGGGUAGCAGUGGGUUCUGGUGGGGGGUUACACAGUCUGCUUGUUAACCAGACCUUUUUGAACCACAAGACCCUGUCCUCAGGCUGAGCCGACUCUGGUCUCACUCUGGCCUCUCUCUGGUCUGUCUCGCUCUCGCUCUCUCUCUCUCUCUCUCUCUCUCUCUCUCUCUCUCUCUCUCUCUCUCUCUCUCUCUCUCUCUCUCUCUCUCUCUCCCCAAACAAGUUAAUUAGAGGCAGAUAUUUUUCAAAAAGCGGCACAAUUGUGAAGCAGGGUCGAAAAACAAGGUGAUUUAUGGCUCUCAGUUUGAACAUUAAGUGUUACAUUAUAUCGUGGUGGCCGAAACAGAUCGGAUUCCUGAUCACUAUCGGAGUAGACGUUUUUAUUAACACCGCGCUGCUUUGCAGAGUCAAUAUUGGGGACUCUACAAUGCAUGCACUUUAAUUGCUUUCAUGCUCAAUUUGUGGGAAUUUGGGGAGGUAAAAAUAUUACCUUCCUGUUAUGUCACGCACUGUUGUGGAACAACGGCCCAUUGAAACUCUUUUCUGAACGAUUAUUUGAAUAAGUCGGUUUAAAAAAGCUAAAAAGUCCAAGUCACUUAAAGAUUUAAACAGAAAAAAGUUUGAUCAGAAGCCUUUCUGGAGGGCACUGAACAGCCUGCACUGGUUAGGAAGAACAAGGAAUUUUGUCUGUGGUUUCCAGGAAUGAUGGGAUGAUGGAUCAGGGCUAUGGCGUAUUAGGUCGGAUUUGUGAAAAAACGUAAUAACGUCUCCAUUGGGAUCAGACCGAACCCAAGCCCUAGGACACUAUAUAUCAACAUCUGUGGUGCACCUUCGAUUCCCCAGGACCCCUAGAGGACUGGGUAGCCCCUCCUCGGACCCUAGGCUCCUGCCCUGUGACCCAAAGGAAGUGGGAACCAAAAUCAUGACAUCCUUCAUCAUUAUUACAUCACUUCCAUCUGACACUGAUUCCCUUCUGUGGCCACACACACAUGCAGAACAACAGAAGAGGCCUCUGUUUAAUAAAUAAUACAUUAUUUAAGGACUAGGAAGUUGUCAUCCUGUUUUAUUUUUUUAUCUAUUGUAUCCAAUGACACUUUGUCCCUGGAGGACGAUUUAUGCGGGGGUUGGUGUCAACUGAGACACAGGGCGAUCGAAGGUUCUGCUGUUGACUGAUAGCCCCAAACACUCUCUCUCUCUCGCUCUCUCUCUCUCUCUAGCUCUCUCUCUCUCUCUCUCUCUCUCUCUCUCUCUCUCUCUCUCUCUCUCUCUCUCUCUCUCUCUCUCUCCCCCGCCUGGUUCCUGAUGGUUAUUUUGGGAUAAGACAGGGCCCCUUGCUGCGUCCCUCUAUUUCAACCUUCUUUUUACACCCCCCACCCCCUUAGCUUCACUACAGGACCCCCAGAUCAUGAGCAGAUGUUUAUGAAAGUCAAAAGAGAGAAACAAUAUAUAUGGAAUGUGUAAACACCCAUCGCUGUCAGGUAAACAGUUUACCCAGGCUGCUAAUGGGUACCAUGUGCCUGUGCAGGACUAACACACUCUGGGCUGCAGGGCUUACCUGCACUGCCACUUUGGACAGCUCAAUCCAUCAAUAAGGAGCAGCAGGAGUUUUAUGUUUGGUUUAAAGUACCGCACAUUAAAAUCUUUAGUGGCCCUGAUUUUAAAUGAUCAGGUGUUUAGGUCGAUGAAACCGUACAUUGUGUGUUGAACAAUAGGUAUCUUACAGCGUGAAUGUCGCUUAAAAUGUUAUUCUAUUUAUUUGUUUGUGUUGUCUCAGACGAUAAAGAUUGGUCCUCAAGUCCCAUGGCCUCCACGGACCGCGGCAGAGCUCUGGAGGCCGGCGCCCCACCCAGGAGGGUCCCGCCGCAGAACCCGGGCCGGGGCGGACAGACCCACAGACCCGCGGGCUGGAAGAGGAGACGCCCACGACCCCGUCUCUCCCACAAGGGGCCCAUGCCGUUCUAGAAUAAGGCACUGCUUUGAGCGCCCUCCCCCAGGUCCUGUUUCCUCUGCUCUUCCUUUGCCUCGGGGGACCUUGCUACGAAGGGCCAAUGCUUGCCCAGCCUGAAGAGUGACGUCCACAGCACCUGCUGGUUCUUCAAGCUACUCUGUCCACAAAAGAAAAAUCAGGACAAACCACUCACCCUCAGCUCUGAGAAGAAUUUGGGGCAGGGAAAUGGGGUGGUGGUGGGUGGAGGGUGAUGGGUUGGGUGGGGGGGGGGGGAUAUGUCUUCAGCCCGAGCAACCAGAUUCUAUUUCUCUGUCUCUCGCUCUCUCUUUCUCCCCCCGCCCCCCCUCAAUACGACCCUACUUGGCCACCUUUCUAUUUAUCUCGUUCUCUAUUAGUUAUCAUUACUAUUAUGAUUAUUAUUAUUAUUAUUAUUAUUAUUAUUAUUAUCAUUUGUUGUUUCGAGCCCGCUCAUAACCAUCUCCCUGCGGUUCUCACACAGUUUGCAUGACAUGUGGUGGAGAUGGAGUCCAGUCCUCGUACAUUCUCAGUCUUAACGCAUCUGUCGGCAUGAUGUGGCGUUCCCAUCUCCCUUCUCCCCUCAGCCGCUGACUCCAAUGCUGGCUUUGCUAUUUGUGGCCACGCUUUUCGCCAGUUUUUUAGAGGGUGCUGAUUGGUCGCGUCUACGGAUAUUCAGUUCUCAUUGUAACCCUUUAAAAAAAAAACAACAGUCUUUAGACCCAAAGAAAGCACAGGUGCGUGACCUUGCGAUCACCUUCGCUAUAACCUACAUCUGCCCCGGGUAGACCCCCCUUUGUCUUGCUAAUCUGUUGUAAUUGGCGGAAUAAUACUGCAUUGAGAUAAAAGCUUCCUGCGUAGCUAUUUCGGUGGUGCUAAGCCUCAUUAGCACCUUGAUGCUCUCCCAAGUUACCCACACUGUAGUGUCCUUUGACCUCAAAAUCCCAACACCAGAUCCCAGUUCCAAUCCAGACCCUUCCGUCCCAAACCCCUCCACCACGCUGGCUAGCCUGCUGCUCUGAGUGGCUGCUCCUCACGACUGUUCACUGGCAGGGGUGGUCUGCCACAGCGAUGAUGGACCACCAGGCCUUUUAUAUAAAGUGCCAAAUACUAAACUACUACACAAUGCUGCCAGAAAUGAAAAAGACACGUCAAAUACACCGAGAGAGAAGGAGAAAUGAGAGAAGGAAAAAACAAAACAUGUUACCUCCUGUUUGAAGUCUUUAUACACUGACAUAUUAUGCAUCAUUCAACAUUUCUGUAAAAAAAGAAACUGCAAAAAAAAAAAUCACAUUUAGAGGGUGGUAGCAACGAUGAUUAGACCAAAAUACCAUAAAAUAUCUGCCAGCUCAGUCAAUAAUGACACCACGCUCAGCCUACCACUAGUGCUAUAGGUGUAUUACUGUUUAAAACAAGACUAGUGGGAUCCUCACAUGGAGAUAUUUGAUCGACGGAAUGCGAUGCCUUUCCAUCAUACUGGAUUCUAUUAAUAUUUAGAAUUUUGUUUCGUUCUACAAGUUAUAUGUUUUUUUUCUUUUUGUUUUCUCAGGGUGUCUGUGAUAGAAAGCCUAGACCAGAGCCGUCUAUUUUGUGCAUUUAUUUAUCUAUGAACACACGCAUACAGAACAUUUAUAUCUUAUAUGAACAUAUUUUCGUAUAUCGUAUCUCUUUACUCUACUACCCUCUAUGUAUAAGCCAGUGUAGCCCUCCUUGCUAGUCCUAAGUGUAUCCCAAUAGUGGGUACUGUUGCCUUCCUAGCUAGCCCUACCAUAGCACAGGUGGCCGUGGCUUUGAUCAUUACGCUCAUUAAAUCCCACGGUUAAUCUUUCUCAGAUGGAUUUCCCCGAGGCAGCCUGGGCCCACUUAAAGUCUGAGCUCAUAGUCAAAUUGGCUUAGACUAAAAACCACUCCCAUCCACCUUUCCAAUUCCCAAACCCAUUUGAUUUGUCUAACAAGAGUCACUGGGUUACAGACUUCGAAGAACCACUACGACUUGUUAGAGCGCUCGAGUCCGUUGUUACGUUUGGGGAGUAAAGAAAAUAAACCCCUACAUCCAAAUGACUGCGGCCGUCACGUCCACUUAGCAAGCUUAACUAGUAAAACUGGUAUCGACUGGGUAAUGCCACGAGGUUUAAAUCGGUUAACCUUUAUUCUCAAUACACUCUCCCAUCUGUUUCCACAUCUCAUGCAAAUACAAAGCAACGCAUCGUGUUUCCCCAUCCAACCACGGUAGGCUUUUUUUUACAUCAUUUUCUUUUCAAGAGGAGAGCAUUUGAAAUCACAGUGAUAUUCCUAUCCCGCCCCAUUUCCACCUUGAUAAAAAAUGUAUUCGAUCCUAGGGCACUGUGAAGGAGUAAUAAUUUCAGUUCCACCAUUAUUAUUUCAUAACCUCUCAGACAGAGAUGUAGAUUUCAUUAAGGAUCCGUGGGUGAUGAGAGCGCGUGGCUGAGCGUGUCUCAUGUAUUAUUGGGGGGGAAAGGUGGUAAGACGACUGAAAAGCCACAGGAGUGGGGAUGCUGUAUGGAGACUGGGGGUUGGAGGGUUGGGUGGUUGGGAUGGGGAGGGGGGGGGUGGUCCAAGUUCAAUUUAUUCCCCGUGUCAGGCGUUGCUGUCGGGGAGCUGAGCAGCGCCUGUGUGUCCGCACUGUUCUUCAUGAAUGUAUCCUCGCCCCGCCGCCAUUCACACCGGCCCCGCUGCCCUUCUCCAGAGACACGCCGCAGAGCAGAACAAGAACACAGGUUUUAUGUAGAAGUACCAUUUAUGAAUGUGGUCUGGAUAUCAGUGGUUGGAUCUAAAAAAAAAGAAAAAAAACAACACGGAAAAAACCAAAUAUUUGUUAGAAUUACGAUCCCCUUCCGAGUCCUUUCGGUAACGUCUAACUCCCCCCUGUGUAGAUGUGGCUUCGCUCCGAGACUUCUCUGUAAUGGUUUGCAAGGCUGCAAUUUUUUUGCAAACUCCAUUAUGCUGCUGGACAUUCAAACCCUGAAAAACAAGAGUCUCUUGGUAUGGAAUGGUUUUUCGCAGUGUAUUGUGACGAUUUCUUUGUCUUAUUCUCGUCUCGCUGGUUGUCCAAAGCUUACUUUUUAUUUAUUUUUUAAUACAGUAUGGAGAAGAAAAAAAAACUGUACUCUCUCUUUUGUGGAUGUAACAAAAAUAGCUAAGUAGUCUGCAGCACAAUAGGUCGUGGACGCGGUGAAAGCUUUCAGAGGCACGGUCUUCAUGUAGGUCCCCCCACUAACCUGCACCCCGGUCUGAGCAUUGGGGUGAGGAGGGAAGAGCAAACCCGCGCUCAAACUCAAAUGGUAAACCACUACAUUAUGCUCGGGGAGCAAAACCAUUUCCUAGAAAAAUGGUAUUUUCCAGCAAGGCUCACACACACAAGCACACACACACACACACACACACACACACACACACACACACACACACACACACACACACACACACACACACACACACACACACACACACACACACACACACACACACACACACACACACACACACACACACACACACGUACAUACACAAGCACACACACAUUGUUUCCUCUCCACCUCUUCUUUGACGUAAUGAUCACAGGCCUCAGUAAUGCUCCUAUGCACUUGUUAGCAUGUUUCCCACAUAGGCCCCAUGUUUUGUUUUGGGUUUUGGGGUUGAUAGCCCCCCCUCCCCCCUCCCCUCCAUUGUGUUGGGCAUUUCUUUUUUUUUAAAAUGCAUCUGGAUAGGAAUGACAAGGAAGGAAUGGCAAAGUGGAAAUGGUUUAUGGGAUGUUUAGGAUGUGUUAAAGAGGAAAUUUAAUGUUAGCCAUCGGUUGCUGCGUUCUACCAAAUGUAUAGAAUGUCCCCAGAUUCCUUAAAAAUAUAUAUAGAGAUUUUUAAUUUUUAAAUAUCAGUGCGUAUGCAUAUUUUUUACAGUUCUCUGUCAGGCAAAUUCAUCAAAAGGGGAUAUCCAACAUUUAGGUCAGUAAGGAAAGUAAAGUUACCUUCAAGACACAUUCCAUUAUUUACCUUGUGCAUCUUAACACACAUUUUACGGUAUCAUGUUGGCCUUCCGAGUAAGCAUCUGUAGAAUCGUGUGGUGGACAUUCAACCCAAUGAAUGCAACCGCACGCUCCCACGGGCCAGGCAGUCCAACGUGAGAUUAGAUUGUAUAUCCAACGGGAAAAAGGAAUUUAUCCGUCAUCAUCCCCAGCUUCAAAAUAAGACUUCCUCUACCCCCUGUAUUUGAUUAUACCCUCCCCCCCCUCUUAUCCAGUUGUGACAGGUUUUAUCCCACCUUAUGUAAACUAAGGCGUCCAACAUCACCACCAUUGUAAACCGUUGGAGGAGGGGGAAUGGCAGAGUCUGUAGGUUUACACACCAUUGUGACAGUGUUACUAGGUCUCAAGCAGAUACUAUUUUAAAAAGACAACGUAUUACUCCUGAUCUUCUAAACUCUGUUUAUGGUGUGAGCCCAUAUUAUUCACCAGGCCAAAUGUACAGUCCCUGUCUCUGUUUUGAUGUUGAACUGGACAAAAAUACAUGAAUGAAUAAAUAACUAAAUAAAUGAAUAAAACAAGUGUAUCAGAAAUGGUUGAAAUACUGUGUACAUAUUUGAACUUUUGGUUUCUAAUUUAUAAAAGAUAAGCUUUAGCUCUUGGAGUAAUUUUUUGUUUCCUUUCAUGCGUAGCUUUGUGUUUUAUUUUCUAUUUCUGUAAAGUGUGUAAAUAUAUCUUUAUGAUAAUAAGUAAUAUUAAAAUCUUAUUUUAAGAAA